AUGUCAACCCAAACCGCCAAACUCCUUGGCAUCACACGCUUACAACCUGCUCAGAUUAGUAUUGGACUUGCUUAUCACACCAUAGCCAAGCCAAGAGGAGUUGUAGUUGAUGUUCUUCCAGAGAUUGGAGAUACCAAGAUCCCGGUGGAUUUUCAUGUCAUGAACAUCAAAGGAGGAUGUGAUACGCCCUGGAUACUAGGCCGACCUUUCUUGGCCACUGCUGGAGCUGUCAUGGACCUUCCAAACAGGCGAAUCUCCUUAGCCAAUGUUGACAAGACAGUCUUUUACAAGACCAUACCAUUCAUCUCGCCAAACAAGCUGUCCUACUUCAUUACCGUCUGA